AUGAGUGAGUCAAGUGAAACCAAAGAUAAUGUUACAUCCAGCCUUGAGGACAAAAGCAGCGGCAGCUGCUCCCCUACUGAACCCCACACAUCCAAUCAAUCCGAAAGUGUUGAGGUUCAUCAGCAGAAGAGAGCUGCCUCUUCAGUGAUUAGCCAUGUUUCUAUGAAGAGUGAUGCAUCAAUGGAUCCUCCAGUUAAAUUCCAGGAGGAAGAUCAGAGAGAGCAGCCAACAGAAAUGCACCACCAAUCGACCCCAAAGACACAAAUGGCCCUUGCUGCUAUUUUGCGGCAACUUCAAUGCAAUGUGAUCACUUUUGUAAAGAAGGAACUCAGAAAAAUCGACAGCGUAUUGAACCCUGAUCUCACAGAGUGUACAAAGAGUCCACCAGAUGAAGAAGACGAAUUUGCUCUUGAAGCCAGAGAAGCAACAGUCAAAAUCACAUUACAUAUUUUGAAGUGUAUGAAGGAGCAAAGCCUCUUUGACAAACUUCUUCAAUUUCAUCAAAUUGAUGCUUGUCAGCAAAAGCUUAAAUCCAGUUUGAAGAACAAGAGCCAAUGUAUAUUUGAAGGUAUUGCUAAGCAGGCAAAUCCAGCCCUACUCAACAAAAUCUACACAGAGCUCUACAUCACAGAAGGAGGGAUUGGAGAAGUCAAUAAUGAGCAUGAGGUGAGACAGAUUGGACACCAGAGACACAGGACUCCAAUCAAAUGCAAUGACAUCUUUAAAGCCUUACCUGGACAAAACAAGCCCAUCAGAACCGUACUGACUAAAGGAGUUGCUGGAAUUGGAAAAACAGUCUCUGUGCAGAAGUUUGUUCUGGACUGGACUGAAGGAAAAGCCAACCAAGAUGUUCAUUUUGUGUUUCCAUUGUUUUUUCGGGAGCUGAAUUUGAUUGGCAAAGAGCAGUACACACUGGAGCAACUUGUUUAUUUGUUCUUUAGAGAAAUCGAGGGAUUCAAACUUUCAAACUUGGAGAAGUUCAAAGUCAUAUUUAUCUUUGAUGGUUUGGAUGAGUGCCGACUGCCUCUUGAUUUUAGGAACAGCAAAAGGUGCUCUGAUAUAACUGAAACGGCCUCUGUGGAUGUGCUGCUGACCAAUCUCAUCAAGGGGAAUCUGCUUCCAUCAGCUCUCCUCUGGAUCACCUCUCGACCAGCAGCAGCCAGUCAGAUCCCUCCCGAGUGUGUCGACCAGGUCACAGAGGUACGAGGGUUCAAUGACCCUCAGAAGGAUGAGUAUUUCAGGAAGAGAAUCAGUGAUCAGAGUCUGGCCAAUAGAAUCAUCUCACACAUGAAAUCAUCAAGGAGCCUCUACAUCAUGUGUCACAUCCCAGUCUUCUGCUGGAUUUCAGCCACUGUUCUACAGAGAAUGUUGAGUGAAGCAGAGAGUUGUCAGAUCCCCAAGUCUCUAACUGAAAUGUACACACAUUUCCUGAUCUUCCAGACAUUGCAGAUGAAAGAUAAGUACAAGGAACUACAUCACUUGGAUCCACACUUGAGUAGAAACAACAUCAUGUCGCUUGGAAAACUGGCCUUUCGGCAACUGAGGAAAGGUUUUGUGAUCUUCUACGAAGAAGACCUGAUAGAGUGUGGCAUUGAUGUCAAGGAUGCAUCAGUAUAUUCAGGACUUUGCACCCAGAUCCUCUGGGAGGAGUUCGGCCUAUACCAAAAGAAGGUCUUUUGUUUUGUGCAUCUGAGUUUCCAAGAGUACCUUGCUGCUUUGUUUGUUCACCUUCACUGGUUUACAACUCAAAAUCCCAGUAGCGAUGAAUUCAAGAUACCAUUCCAAGACACAGACUUUGGGGAGCUCUGCAUGGAUUCAUCUCUGUUUGAUCUACACAAGAGUGCAGUAAAUCAGGCUUUAAAGUCAAGGAAUGGGCACUUUGACCUUUUCCUCCGCUUCCUCCUCGGCCUUUCACAGGAGCGCAGUGAGACCUUGUUUCGCCAUCUUUCAAUACAAAUAGGACACAUCACACACAGCAAUGAGAACACGGUCACGUACAUAAAAGAAAAGCUUGGGACAGGUCUUAGCCCCGAGAGGUCUAUCAAUCUUUUCCACUGCCUCAAUGAACUGAACGACCACUCUCUUGUCAAGGAAAUCCAAACGUACCUUCACUCCGGACAACUUUCAAUGGAGGUACUUUCAAAUGCGCAGUGGUCGGCUCUAGUCUUUGUGCUGCUCACCAGUGAUGAAGGACUGGAGGUUUUUGACUUGAGAAAAUUCUUCAAAUCAGAUGAGUGUCUUUUCAAGCUUCAUCCCGUUAUCAAAGCCAGUCGGAUUGCAAUAUUGUCCUCAUGUAAACUGACGAAGAAAAGCUGUUCACCUUUGGCUUCUGUUCUUGAGUCCAAUCCCAAUGUCCUGAGAGAACUGGACCUGAGUUUCAAUGACCUUGGAGACAAAGGGGUGAAAAGUCUCUGCUCUGGACUGAGGAGUCCACAUUGCAAACUACAGACACUAAAACUGGAGUUUUGUGGAUUCAGAAGAGACAGCUGUUCAGCCCUUGUUGCUGCUCUUACGUCAAACCCAUCACAUCUUAAGGAGCUGGAUUUGAGCUACAAUAACAUUGGAAAUGAUGCAACAACCAGGCUUUUGGGUUUAGUGCCAGACUGUGGGCUGGAGACUCUUAGGCUUUCAAGCUGUGGGAUCACAAAGGAGGCCUGUGCUUUCCUCACAUCUGCGCUGAGUUCAAAACCCUGCCAACUUAAGAAACUGGACCUAAGUGAUAAUAGACUUUGGGAUUUAGGAGUUGGGAUGUUUUCUGGUUUACUUGCAAACCCAAACUGUAACCUCGAAGAGUUGAGAUUAGAGAGACUAAUCUUACAACUUACAACUAAAAGUUGUGGGCUGGGUCUGGAGAACUCUCGUCUCCGAGCUCUAGAUCUCUCUGACAAUGACGUGCAGGAUUCUGGGAUGAAGCAGCUCAUGAACUCACUGAAGGAUCCAUCCUGUAAACUUGAGAAAUUAAGGCUGUCUUGUUGCAGACUGACAGAUAAGGGUUUCUCGUCUCUGGCUUCAGCUCUGAGAUCAAACCCCUCCGGCCUAAAAGAGCUCGAUUUGAGCAAAAAUUUCCCUGGAUGCACUGGAAUAAUGCAGCUUUUUACAGUCCUUAGAGAAAACACUGCUCUCGAAAAGCUGUGUCUAGACUCUUGUGAACUCACUCCAGAUAUGUGCGGUUCAGCAGCUAAAGGUCUGAGCCAAAGCUUAAACCUGAACGAGUUGAACCUAAGCAACAGCAACCUAAAAGAUGAAGGUGUUCGGCUGCUUUGUCUUCGACUACAGGAAGGCAGUUGUGCGAUGAAGUCUUUAAAAUUAUCCAACUGUGGUCUCACUGACAGCAGCUGUCAAUACUUGGCUUCAGUUCUUAGUUGUCAGUCCAUAUCUGUUGAGCUGGACCUGAGCAGAGACGCCAUCAGCCAGCAGAAGGAGCAGUUUCUGAUUUCUAUAUCAAACAUCAAUCUUUUAUUCUAGUUUAUAUGCAAGUGUUGUGUCACAUUUUUGCAGGUGAAGGUUUCGGAUCUUCAGCAAG